UUAAAGAUAGAGGCAGCAACACAAGCUGUGUCCUGACAGUUUCUAAUUUCAGAUAUCUGACUGUAGCUAAGCUAACCACCAUCCAACUGGUGCUGGCUGCUUUUGAUGUCAUGUUUGCCUGGUAGAGAGGGCUUUAUACUCUGUACAGUUGUUGUUAAGAAGGACAUGCCUUUGGAGUAGCACACAGACAGAAAAGGAGAAGGAAACAGAGGAACAUGGUACAUUCUGAAGGAAUGAUUGAAGAUCGUGGGAGGAUUGGCGACAUCAUGGCGGAGAGACGACAACUGUUUGCAGAGAUGAGGGCGCAAGAGUUGGAUUCUAUAAGAUUGUCCACGUAUAGAACUGCUUGCAAACUCAGAUUCGUUCAGAAAAAAUGCAAUCUCCAUUUGGUGGACAUCUGGAACGUGAUCGAGGCGUUCAGAGAGAACGGCCUGAACAACAUGGACCUCAACACAGAGUUCACUGUGGCUCGCCUGGAAGCAAUACUGUCCACCAUCUUCUACCAGCUCAACAAGCGCAUGCCCACCACACACCAGAUCAAUGUGGAACAGUCCAUCAGUCUGCUACUCAACUUUCUCCUGGCUGCCUAUGACCCGGAAGGCCUCGGAAAAAUGCCUGUCUUUGUUGUGAAGAUGGCCCUGGCAACCAUCUGCGGAGGAAAGAUUUUGGAUAAAUUAAGAUAUAUUUUUUCACAGAUAUCAGACCCUGGUGGCAUAAUGGUGUACUCCCAAUUCGACCAGUUUCUGAGGGAGGUUCUCAAAUUGCCAAUGACUGUUUUUGAGGGGCCUUCCUUUGGCUAUACUGAGCAAGCCACAAGAACCUGCUUUGCACAGCAGAAAAAGGUCUCCCUCAACACAUUCCUGGACACGCUGAUGUCAGACCCUCCUCCUCAGUGUCUGGUGUGGUUACCACUCAUGCAUCGCUUGGCUAAUGUGGAGAAUGUGUUCCACCCGGUCGAGUGCUCCUACUGCCACAGUGAGAGUAUAAUGGGCUUCCGCUACCGCUGCCAGCAAUGUCAUAAUUACCAGCUCUGUCAGGACUGCUUCUGGAGGGGGCAUGCCAGCGGUUCCCAUAGCAACCAGCACCAAAUGAAGGAGUACACAUCAUGGAAAUCGCCUGCUAAGAAGUUAUCUAAUGCUCUCAGCAAGUCACUGAGCUGUGCGUCCAGCAGAGAACCUUUACACCCCAUGUUUCCUGACAUGCCAGAAAAACCUCUGAACCUAGCCCACAUUGUAGACACCUGGCCUCCCAGACCAAUGAAUAGCACCAAUGACUUCAUGCUCUCCCACUCCAUGCCCACGUCAGGGAACCCUUACUCAACUAAGAAUUUGCUGGAGAGCAGUUACCACCAGGAGGAAGAGCACAGUCUCAUCGCCCGCUACGCUGCUAGACUGGCCUCUGACGCAGCCGCCGCGCAACAGCAGCAGAGGGUCCACAGCGACAUCUCUUUCUCUCUGGAUGCCAACAAGCAGCAGAGGCAGCUUAUUGCUGAGCUAGAGAGCAAAAACAGAGAGAUCUUGCAGGAGAUCCAGCGUCUGAGAGUGCAGCACGAGCAGGCCUCCCAGCCUCCAACGAGCACGUCCCAACAGAACCCCACUCUGCUGGCCGAGCUACGGCUUCUCAGGCAACGCAAAGAUGAGCUGGAGCAGAGGAUGUCUGCUCUGCAGGAGAGUCGCAGGGAACUCAUGGUACAGCUGGAGCAGCUGAUGCUGCUGCUGAAGGAGGAGGAAAGGAAGCAAGCUACUCAGGGGCCUGGCUCCCCCCGCUCGUCUCCCAGCCACACAGUCAGCCGGCCCAUCCCCAUGCCAACCCAGUCAGAGUCUGCCGGCACCACACCCACUCACACCCCUCAGGACUCACUCAUGGGUGUGGGAGGGGAUGUGCAGGAGGCCUUCGCUCAGGGCCCCAGGAGGAACUUGAGAAAUGACCUCCUUGUUGCUGCUGACUCCAUCACCAACACCAUGUCUUCAUUGGUUAAAGAGCUCAAUUCAGAGGCUGGAAUUCAGUCAGAUAGCAACAUGGACUCUCAGACAGAUGAACUGGUCUCCUCUCCCACUUCCGAUCUUCUAGCACAGAUGACCACUAAACCACGUGUUGGUGGCAUGAACCCUGGUGGAGUUGAGGAGGAGUGCUAUGAGAACGACUUGGUUCAGGUGUUGGAGGAUGAGCUGAAGAUGGGGGAACUACUGAAACACAGACAGGAGCAAGAGAAAACCUGUAUGGUGACUUUGCAGCAAUGACCAUAUUUAAGAAGUCUCCUGGUAAGCAAUAUGAAAAGCAACAAAAGUAGAAAAACACUGGAAGAUGGAUGAGAUGAGAAGGCAUAUAGAGAACGCUGUGAAGAGAUGAUGGUCCACAUGCAUGCAGGGGCUCCAAGCCAAGCUAAAAAAGAAGUGACAAGGAGGAAGGAUCAAAGUUAUGACACUGCUAAAUCCAACAAUAGAAUACAUAGUUAUAUUAUGUAAAGAUCUAUUUUUUAAACCAACAGCGUUUUUAAGUGAAUACUGUGAACCGAUAUGGAGGGAUUAUAAAACAACACAGCUGUCUAUUAUACCACCGGUGCCAUAAAAUCUAAUAACUUUAUUGAGAAUUAUUUGUUGAUUUCUAAUCAUAUUAUUUUUGGGUACGAGUUGUUGAAGAAUUGUUCAAGUAUAUGCUGUAGUUCAUUUUUUCCUGGGGCCGCAUUCGGUCUUCAACGAGGUCCGGAGGGCCGCACUGAAUGUUUUAAAUAUUUCCUUGCUGUCAAAAUUUGCAGAAAAAUUGUCCUCUAUCAAUCAUUUUGGGAAUUUUCUAUGCUCUAUGACUGUCUAGUGUUUAAUAGCAAGCUGGACCGUCAAGAAACUAUAUGAGUAUAGGUCCAUUAUCAUUUCUACACAGUUUCGAUUUGAUUUUAGUCAUUUUAAAGUAUAUUUUUACUCAAACCACCCACGGGCCGGAUUGGACCCCCUCCGACCCGUAUGUUUGACACCCCUACUGUAGGUGUAUUGCUGGACAAACCUGGCCGUUGUCUUUCCGUGAGAUUGCUUUUUAAUCCAAAUAGUAAACGUGGUGUAUGUGUAAACUGAGGCACAACUGUCUAUAACCCAGAAGGUAGCUACAGUAUGUCUGACCGCUAUGACCAGGUUGGCCCACCAGUCCAAUGAUUUCUAACUACUGGUGUUGUAUGGCUUUUGUAUUUGUUGUUUGACCUUUUAGCUUUUAGUUUGACCUAUUGAAAGAGUGGCUUGUCAGAUAGUUUAUUUUAUUUGAUACAUAUCUCAUAUUGUGUGCCCUGCCUUAGCUGGUUAGCCUAGCUCACUUUUGGAUGGGGUACAGUCAGAGACCUUCAAUGAAGCAUGUACUGUAGCUAACAUUGUUCCAGCCACUGUUAAAAUGCAAAUUUACAUUCACUGUCAAAAUCACCCAGAAAUAUUGUCUAGUAGUUAAUAGUACUGUAUUACAUAAGACAACUUCGCAGCAGAGGAACAAUGUUAUUUGCAUUCUUCUGCAUUUUGUGUUUGUCUCAUUGCAGAUUUGAUUGAAUUCCACCUGGAGUAUUAAGCCGGUAGGUGAUACUAAGAGAAUGAGACAGUAUAGGACGAAGAAGCUGAACCUAUGAUACAUCUGAUGCUGGAAAGUGUUGUCUACUGAAGGAUUUUGUUAACUAAUAGCUAUACAUUGAUUAAGAGUUAUAGUUGAGUUCAUUUUAUGAAUAGCUGCUUGAGAUUUGAAGAUGUGACGAUAUAAAUGAAAUUGGAGUAGGGAGUACAGUACAUAGACAGCACAUAGUAGAUAGAAUGGACAGCACAGAACAUAUAAUGGACAACAAUGUUCAUAACACUCCAGAUUCUAAGGUUUACACUUGCAAGAACAGAGAACAUUGUUUGUUUACCAUGUUUCAGAAUCAAUAUCUUCUAUUUUACCAUAGAUUUUGAAGUUGCAUUGUCAUUUAAAUGUUCUGACCAAAUUAUUAGUGUUCUUCUACUCACUCACACACAAAUCUCCCUCAAACAUACACUCAAAGAUACUCACAGUCACACCCAAGCUCAGUGUGUGUAAAUGUUACCCAGUCACUUGAAAAGAAGUGGCGCAAGCCAAUUUUAAAUCAUAAAUGUGUGAAAUAUAUCUAGUAUGAUUUUCGGGCUAGUUCAUGUAAGUGAUUUUGCAUGGUGGUGAUGAUGCAUAAUAAAGAAUUUACACAACAUGAGAAUGUUGUUGCCUAGGA